AUGGGGCCGUGGCUGUGGCUGGCGGUGGUGCUGGCGGGGCUGUUGUGGCUGCGGCGCUGGCACCGGGAGCGGCAGACGGUGCCCGGCCUCUCGGAGAAGUUUGUGCUGAUCACGGGCUGCGACUCGGGCUUCGGCAACCUGCUGGCACGGCAGCUGGACGCGCGGGGGCUGCGGGUGCUGGCGGGCUGCCUGACGGAGCCGGGGGCCGCCAGGCUGCGGGCAGCCACCUCGCAGCGCCUGCAGACCGUCCUCCUGGACGUCACCUCCAGCCACAGCAUUGCUGCCGCCACCGCCUGGGUCCGGGAGCGUGUGGGUGACCGAGGGCUCUGGGGGCUGGUGAACAACGCCGGGAUCGCUAUCCCCACUGCCCCUAAUGAGUGGCUGAGCAAGGACGACUUCGUCAAGGUGCUGGACGUCAACCUGGUCGGCCUCAUCGAGGUGACGCUGAGCCUCCUGCCCCUGGUGCGCAGAGCCCGGGGCCGGGUGGUCAACGUGGCGAGCGUGAUGGGCCGGAUCGCCUUCUUCGGUGGGGGGUACUGCCCCUCCAAGUACGGCGUGGAGGCCUUCUCCGACAGCCUCCGGCUUGAGAUGCGCCACUUUGGGGUGAAGGUCAGCAUCAUCGAGCCAGGCUACUUCAAGACAGCGAUCACCGGUGCCGAGAACCUGGAGAAGUGUUUUCUUAGCACCUGGGAGAAGGUCUCGGAUGAAACAAAAGCAGGCUACGGGGAGAAUUACUUGAAGGACUUUCUGGCAGGAGCCAAGAAGAUGCAGAAUAGGUGCAACUCCAACCUCUCGGUGGUCACGGACUGCAUGGAGCACGCGCUGACCAGUCGCUACCCGCGCGCCCGCUACUCGGCCGGCUGGGACGCCAAGCUGCUCUUCAUCCCCCUCAGCUACCUGCCCUCCACCCUCGCCGACAUGAUCCUGACCUGGCCCUACCCCAAACCUGCCCAGAAAGCCUGAGGCCGCUGCAGGCAGCAGCAGCCAGGGGCUGAGAUCUGGCAUCGCCCUGCAGCUGAAGCCGUGCAGAGAAGUUCCUAAAUCCCUAGAUUGGCGUAUAUCCUGCAACUCGCUGUCACCUGCUAGCAAACAGGUUUGCUGCUAAAUAAAGACAAUGUCCUCUUCCCUGCACGGCAGGGCUUUUCUUUUUAGCUGUGCCCCCUCCCUCAGACAGCGCACCGAGGCCAUGCCCCUGCCUGCACCAGGAGAGACAGGACAGAAGUGUCGGCACGGCUGUGCUGAGCCUCUCCGCCUGCACCAGCCCCUGCCCGCUUCGCUGUGCCCUGGUGCUGGGGACACCCAGGUGCUCCGAGCUGCAGCAGCCGGCUCCGUGCCCCACAGGCAGAGCGGCUGGAAAGGGGAGUGAGCGCUGCAUCAGGUGGCCAGGGGAGCCCCCAGCCCCGCUUCGCUGCUCUGAGCUUGCCCCAGCCCCUCUGCUGCCUGCCCUGGGUAAAGGGGACAAAGCAGCCGCCCCAGGGCUUCUGAGCCAGAAAAACUCAGCCCAGCGCUGUGUCCAGAAGGGUCCGAGCCAGCUCUGCCAGCACAGGCAGCUACCAGAGGCCAAAGCAGAGCUCCCAGCACAUGGAUCUGUGCAAGAUGAGGCAGUGAAUCGCAAUUAAGAAAUGGAGUUUUAUACCGGGAGCUGGUGCAAUCCGGCCUCUCCU